AUGGUCCCUUCUAAAGUGGCCCUCAUUUUUGGGAAUGGCCGAGCGGCCGAACAGAUGGCCCGAAUUCUGUGUUCAACGGGACAACAGGUGACAGUGGUUGGAGAGAAGGGAGAGUUCGAGGCACGCUUUCGCCAGCAGCUGAAGGCCGAUAUCCAGACGAGACACCCGUUCGUGUUCCUCGACGAUUUGAAGAAUCAGCAAGACCUCUUCGAGGCUCGCCUGUCGCGGCUUCAAUUUGCGAAGGAUGUUGGCGACCUGGAAGCUGAUAUUGAGCUGAUUGUCGAUGCAGGCAAUGGUGGACAGGGAUUCGGAGAGGCCCGAAACAAAUUCCCGAAAGUCCCCUGUGCUACUCUCGUCAAUCAGAAGGCCGAGGCAAGUUCAUCUGAAAAUAUUCUACUUUUCUUGCAGGCUGACCCACAGUGUAUCCAGCUCAGAUUGUUUGAGCCGCUGGAAUCCACCCGAAUCUACGAGAUCCUAGCCCAACCUCGCUCUGAAAAGGCUUCAGUGAAGAAGCUGAGAGAAAUUCUACAGAAAGCCGGUAUCAUUGAGGUGACAGCAAACGAAGGAGAGCAGGCCAGUGCCCUCAUCAAAAACUGGCAGAAAACAAUGCAACCCCUUGAAUGUCUCGAAAGCGAGGUGGAAGAUCUACUCAGCGAGCACUCGACCGACGCUAAUGCCCGGCGGCAUACUGUAAUGCAC